CCAAGAUGCCUCCUGAGUCCUGAAUAGAUAUUGAUAUAACUAGAUAGAGAGUCAGUUAUAUAACAGAGUGUCGUGUUUUGCUGUACGAGAGACGUGUGCGCCCUUCCGUCAGGGGCAUUUUCCGGCACAACACCUGUCGCUGGGUCAUCGAGGACUUUGGCUCUGAGCGCGGAUUGUUUAAGUCACACGGCGAAGAGACGACGACAAGAACGAGACGAGAACCUUGCUACAGCCACUAUCAACGGUUGCCUCGCCGAAGCGUCUCCAAGCAGUAACGAUGGCUCUGGACAAGGAGCGGAAGGAGCUGCUGUUGAAAACGCUGAUGGAGUUGGGGAACGAUGACUUCAAGUCCUUCAAGUUUUGCACGCACCUGCCUCAAAGCGUAUGUGAACAUGCCGACCGGGUGGACAUUGUCAACGCGCUGGUGGAAAAGCACGGCAAGAACGCUCCGGAUGAGACCAUCGAGGUUCUGAAGAAGAUCAAUAACCUCAACUUGGCCGAAAUGCUGUGCAACGACAUGGUGAAAAUAGAAGGCGCCGUUGUCUCCGCCCAUGAUGAUAAUCUGAUUGACAGAUUGAAGGCGGACCUGCAAGAGAACCUGAAGAGUUUAUACAGCUUUGUUCCCGAGGGUAACACCGAGCGCUGGCAGCAGCAGCCUCUGGCGGACGUCUACACCGAGCUGGACGUCACCUACGGGGCCGACGUCAGCCCCGACGAGCGACACGAGGUCCUUCAGAUGGAGACGCGUGCCACCGCGGCUAAGAAGUCUAUCCUGCCGUGCGACAUCUUCAAAAGCCAUGACGGGAAGCCGCGACCGAUACGCACGCUGCUCACCGUCGGCUUCGCGGGAAUCGGGAAAACCUUCCUGGUUCAAAAGUUAGUGUGCGACUGGGCCAGUGGGAAUAAAAACCAGGACUUGCACUUCAUAUUUCCCUUCACUUUCCGCGAAUUGAACACGGACAAAGGAAACAAAUUUACACUAGCCAAGCUCAUCCGAUGCUACAUCUCCGAGAGCAGACACAUGAGUGAGGAGACGUUGAACAAGAUAUUUGCAGACUUAGAGUCCGGAAAGCGGGACUACGAACGCAGCGGGAUCAAGAUCUUGUUUGUCUUUGACGGACUGGACGAGUGCAACUUCAAAAUGGACUUGAAGAAUCAGAUGAAAGUAGACAUGGAUGUGAAGAAGGCCUACCCGCUGGAGGUGCUCCUGGGGCACCUCAUCAAGAGGAACCUUCUUCCUUGCACCCGGGUUUGGGUCACUACGAGGCCCGCGACGGCCAGCGAUAUCCCCUCCGACCUCAUUGACAGCAAAACAGAGGUGAGAGGAUUCAGCGAUUCUCGGAGGCUGGAGUACUUCAGGAAAAAGUUCCCAAAUGAGGAGCGUGUCAUUGAGCACAUCCGGAAAACUCGCACCAUCUUCAUCAUGUGCCACCUGCCCAUCUUCUGCUGGCUCACUGCCACAGUUCUUCAGGAUCAUUUGGACAAAGGGCAGGAGGUCGAGCUUCCCACAACGCUGACCGACAUGUAUUCAGAGUAUGCGUUUAACCAACUGAAAAGGUCCGAGAAGAAACAGACGAAAGAGUACAUCCAUUACGUGAAAGCACUAGCAAAGCUGGCCUUUCACCACACCAUGAGAAAGCAACAGAUCUUCUACGAGAAGGACCUGGCGGACAGCGGCUUUGAUUACUGCCGAGCGGCGAAACACAGUGGAAUAUUCACUGAGGUUUUUAAGGAGGUCCGUCCGCUUAGACGAAACCAACAGGGCAAGAUGUUUCAGUUCGUCCAUCUGACCAUCCAGGAGUAUAUGGCCGCACUCCACGUGAUGAUUUGCCUCUUCCAUGACAACAGCAACGUACUGGAGGAUUCAAAAUGGUCCCUGAAAGAUUUUUUGAUGCCUCCUAAGCAGAAGACAAUCACAGAGGUCCAUCAGUCAGCUCUCCAGAAAGCCUCUGAGAGCGAAGGAAAUCUGGACCUUUUCCUGCGCUUUCUCUUUGGCCUUUCCUUGUCGUGCAACCAGGAACUAGUGGGGGAACUGCUGAAGGCUCCUCUGGACUGCAGGCAAAGCAAGUCAGAGUCAGUCAAGUUGAUCAAGGAAAGAAUUAAACGGAACCCUCCUGAGAAGAACAUCAAUUUGUUCUACUGCCUAAACGAGCUGAAGGACGACUCCUUACUGAAGGAGUUCCAGAUGAAAGAACAUUCAGACGAUAUUGACUGGGAUUUAAUGCCAAAUGACAUGUGGUCUGCCCUGGCCUUCUUCUUACUGACAAACAACGAAACCAUGGAGUCCUUUAAACUGUCUAAAUACGACCCAUCACCUUUGGGGCUCAAUAAGCUGUUGGUGGUGGUCAAGGCUUCUCAAAAAUCAGAUCUUCAUAAUUGUUACCUGGACAAGCUCAGUUGUCACCUGCUGGCUUCCGUUCUCAGCUCUCCAUCCAACCUGAGGAAUCUGAACCUGAGCUCCAACGAUCUGACGGACAAAGGGGUGGAGAUCCUUUCGAAAGGACUGGCAAGCCCACACUGCAUCUUAGAAUCCCUCGAGCUACGGACUUGUAACCUUGAAAAAGACAGCUGUCGCCCGCUGGCUGCCGUUCUCAGCUCUCCAUCUAACCUGAGGCAUCUGGACAUGAGCGUGAAUGAACUGUCGGACAAAGGGGUGGAGAUCCUCUCGAAAGGACUGGCCAGCCCAAACUGCAUCUUAGAGUCCCUCACUCUGAGGUGUUGUCGCCUUGACAAAGGAUGCUGUCACCCGCUGGCUUCUGUUCUCAGCUCUCCGUCCAACCUGAGACAUCUGGUCCUGAGCGACAACAAUCUGUCGGACGAAGGGGUGGAGAUCCUCUCGAAAGGACUGGCCAGUCCACACUGCACCUUAGAAGACCUCAUUCUAAGGGAUUGUGGCCUGGACAAAGGCAGCUGUCUCCCGCUGGCUUCCGUUCUCAGCUCUCCAUCCAACCUGAGGCAUCUGGACCUGAGCAACAACAAUCUGACAGAUGAGGUGUUGGAGAUCCUUUCGAAAGGACUGGCCAGUCCACACUGCAGCUUACAAGUCCUCCGUCUUAGGUCUUGUCACCUGGAAAAAGGCAGCUGUCACCUGCUUGCUUCCGUUCUCAACUCUCCAUCCAACCUGAGGCAUCUGGACCUGAGCUUCAACGAUCUGUCAGAUGAAGGGGUGGAGAUCCUCUCUAAAGGACUGGCCAGUCCACACUGCAUCUUACAAGUCCUUGUGCUGUACGACUGCAGAAUCACGAAGGGAGGAUGCGUUUCAUUGGCCGAGGCUCUCAAGUUCAACCCCUUCCAUCUUCAAAAGCUCUUCCUGUAUGGGAAUCCAAUGGGAGAAGAAGGAAAGAGGGUCUUAUUGGACGUCCAAAAGGAUCCCAGCUAUAGCCUGACAACUCUCUGCUUUGAAUUUUACAGAUUUUUUCACAUUUGAUCCCCGUCGUCAAGAAGAGCGAGUUUUUCCAAAUGUUUAUUUUUAGAAGAUGUUGAGCCCAUUUGGUCUCCUUCAGAUUUUGUUUGCUCCCAUGUACUGUCCGACGACCGUAAGACCACCGUGUGUCUGGAUUUUUUUUUUUUUUUUUUUUUUUACACUUAACAAGUAUUCCUAAUAGUUUCUUAGUACUUCAGUAUUCUUCUCACCAAGUACAUUUCUUUACUUGAGUGAAUAAUUUUAGAUGACCACUUUUACUGAAGCAAUAUUAUUUGGAAGUAACACGACUCUUACAUGAGUACAAUUUUUGGCCCACUACUUUUGGUAAAGUAACAAAUGACUGUUGUAGGCCAAAUGAGCAGAGUAAGGGGCCGUUUACAUGGUGACUCUCCGAGAACAAGAAAAAUUUCAAUUUAGCAUUCAAAUGGUUCCGUCUCAAUGUCGCAGUUCCGCUUGAAAACAAUGUAGUAUUCAUGCCAGGCCCUAGGGCGCAGUGCAGAUUUGCAUGGCGACAGUCAAUGAUGCACUUUGACCCUAACAACCUCCUUAGCCUCGAAGACGACAGACCCGCCCACUCUAAGAAAUGGCAUUUUUCUUUUGCUCCAAAAGGCACAAAAAUGGAAACACUUAAUAUAUUCAAAUAAAAGAUAUUACAAAAACAGUAAAUUAAAGCAGACGUUCCGCCAUAUUUGCUGUUUUUAAUGUUCAGUAGCACUGCUGCGCACGCCCAAUGUGACGUGUACAUGUGCUGACGUUAUCGACGCGGAAGCCGUUGGAAUUCGCCCCCCGGCCAAACCGCACGGAAAACUGCAACAGCCGAACGAAGUGGUGCUCCGCUGCUUAUCGCUUCCGGGCGCCAACCAGCAGAGUGGAUAUUCCGCGCGUUCACCUCUUAUUUUAACCCUUUGUACUGACUCCAUGUUCCAAAAGUUUGAAGAAGACUCACCGAAAGCAGGUUGCCAAAUUAUUCGUCGACAAUGGUCAAAAAACAAGGCAAAAACAGACGAUGGAGGAACAAUGCUAAAUUCAAAAUAAGGCUACAUAGAAAAUAUUUCCGAGCAAAAAAGUCUGUCUUAUCUGUGUCCAGUGUUUUUUUUAAGUUCGGGGUGGAGUAGGCCGGGCCGAAGGUGUGUCCGGGCGUUGCUUUUGGGACCUUCCCUCUGUGGCCGGUUUUGGCUGGUUUAGGUUCAUGGUUGCCACAGCGACCGACGCUGGUUUUGACGUCUCAAGCGCCCGCUAUCAACUUUUUUAUCCGGGCUGGCGCUACUUGUUUUAGGACAAAGCGCGCUGGUCUUUGUCCUUGUUUGUUGUCGGGAGAACUGAUUGCCAGAGGUCGUGCGUCAAUCUUGCUCGCGCCUCACACUUUGGGCUUCAGUGAUAAGAUGGCAUUGUGUAUCUACUCUGCUUCUUUAAACUUUGGUGUGCUAUUAAUUUUAUAUUAGAUGUGUUAGAGUAGUGCAGUCCUACAGUAAGUAUGAGAAAUGAUACCAUUCCCUGAUUAAUUAUAUUACAUGUGUUCGAGUAAUGCAAACAGUUAGACGGUGCCUUCGAGAAAUGGUACCAUUUUUUCAUUUCCCCCUCAUGAGGUCCGAUAAGGUGAUUCACUUUACUGUGUCAAGGGCAUGGAGUGAAGACUGCCUAAACUAUAGUGAGAUGAAUGUGUUAGACUAAUGCAAACAAUUAUAUGGUGUGUGCGAGAACGGUACCUAUUCCCUUCAAUAUGCAUGCGAAGCAAGCCCCCCUCAAGCCCCCGCAAUCAAAUCCUUCCACUUUGGAGACAGCAUUCAAAGGUUUUCUUCUUCGCCUACCGUCUUCGCCGAUGCUACAGUAUAUGAAGGCGAGGCCCAUAGACUUCAUAACCUAUCUAUUGACCUGACACUUUGUCAUUCUUUGCGUCACGCCUAACCAUAGGGGGCCGAGAUUAAAUUAGUUAUAGUGUGACGGCCCUGGCCGUUUAACUGUUGUUUCAUUUUGAGAAGCCUCCAGUCAGCUGAUCGUCACCUCCGCCGGCUGGCUGCCUGCCCUCCUACUGUGACGUAAGCUGAUCGACGCCAGACGGACAAACGAGGUCGCUGCCGCUGAUUGGCCAUGACGAAAAGGCGCCAAGCUUCAUAAACCUGCCGCUGUCAACGCUCUGGGAAGUCACAUUUGACAGCAUUCGUGCCGCGGUCCUCCUCGCCAGCUGUUUGCUCGCCAUUCACUCUCGUGUGCAUUUGAUCUCUAGUUUGAUGCACUCCCGCUUUUUCAGUGAGGUCUUUUGUGUUUAUUCGUUAUUGGAUCGUUUGUGUUAGCCACUUUAAAUAAGAGCACUGAAGCAGUAGGGGUAAGCCGCCAUUUCUGUUCAACCCGUUUUCUCCUGUUUUGUUUAGAGUAGGAAGCUAGGGUAGUGGCUGUCUUUUUGUUCUUUCCUUUUUACGAUCAGGGUUUAGUUAGCGGGUGGACUUCAAGUGUAGUUCCUUUUGUUUGUUGUUUUGGCCUGGGCUUACCUUGAAGCCGCGCUUCUUUUGCAUUUUGUAUAUAUUCAU